GGGCGGGCGGGGGGGUGCGGCAAGUAGUAAUUAUAAUGAUGAUAAUAAGCUAUCUAUAAGAAAACAAGAAAAGCAGAGCCGAGAUGCUCCGUCUGUAACCCGCUGGCAGGGGGGCAGGUUGUGAACUCGCCAAACACCUGAGAAAUAAAAAGCACGACCGAACAAUUUCGAGGCGGGCGGGGAAGGAAGGCGGGCGGGGGUGGAAAAGGCGUGCGGAAAGUUUGCCGGAGCUCGGGCGUCUCGUGGGGGGCGGGCGCGAUGCCGCCCUGGCUGCUCGGCAGCCUCUGCUGCGUGCUGGCGGCGCGGGCGGCGCUGGGCGGCGGCCCCGCGGGCGCGGAGGCGACGGCGGCGGCGGCGGAGGAGGAGAAGCUGAUCCGGGUGCUGGUGCUGCUGCCGCGGGACGACGCUUACCUCUUCUCGCUGGGGCGGGUGCGUCCGGCCAUCGAGUACGCGGUGCGGAGCCUGCGGGAGAGCGGCGCGGGUCUGCCGCCCGGUUACGCCUUCCAGCUCACCUACGAGGACUCUGCGUGCGGCAACCGCGCCCUCUUCAGCUUGGUGGACAUGGUGGCCCUGCAGCGCCGCCGGCCCGACCUGCUGCUGGGGCCCGUCUGCGAGUACGCGGCGGCGCCGGUGGCGCGGCUGGCGGCGCACUGGGACGUGCCCAUGCUGUCGGCGGGGGCGCUGGCCGCCGGCUUCGGCGCCAAGGCCGGCGAGUACUCGCACCUCACCCGCGUCGCCCCCGCGUACGCCAAGAUGGGUGAGAUGCUGCUGGCCCUCUUCCGCCACCACCAGUGGAGCCGGGCCACGCUGCUUUACAGCGACAGCAACCCCGAGCGCAGCUGCUACUUCGCCAUGGAGGGCGUCCAUGUGGUCUUCCAGGAGGAGGCCUUCCACAUGGCCGUGCACAGCUUCGACGAGAACAGCCGACACCUCGACCUCGACGAUGUGGUCCGCGCCCUCCAGACCGGCGAGAGGGUUGUAAUCAUGUGUGCCAGCGGUGACACAAUCAGGAACAUCAUGUUGGCUGCUCAUCGUCAGGGAAUGACCAAUGGGGACUACGCUUUCUUCAAUAUUGAACUCUUCAACAGCUCAUCAUAUGGAAAUGGCUCUUGGAGAAGAGGAGACAAACAUGACCUUGAAGCCAAGAAGGCAUACUCAUACCUCCAAACCAUCACUCUGCUGAGGACCGUGAAGCCUGAAUUUGAGAAGUUUUCACUGGAGGUGAAAAGUUCUGUUCAGAAGCAAGGUCUGCAGGAGGAUGACUAUGUGAACAUGUUUGUGGAAGGAUUCCAUGAUGCUAUUCUUCUUUAUGCUCUAGCUUUACAGGAAGUCCUGAAGUUUGGUUUCAGUAAGAAAGACGGGGAAAAAAUAGUUCAGCAAACACGGAAUAGAACAUACGAAGGCAUUGCAGGGCAGGUGUCCAUUGAUGCCAAUGGAGACAGAUAUGGGGAUUUCUCUGUGAUUGGAAUGACUGACCCAGAGACAGGCACCCAAGAGGUGAUUGGGGACUACUACGGAAAGCAGGGGCGUUUUGAAAUUCGAUCAAACGUGAAGUAUCCUUGGAAUCAUGGCAGGCUGCGACUAGACGAAAGCCGAGUUUCAGAGCACACAAACAAUACACCCUGUAAAUCAUCAGGUGGUCUAGGAGAAUCAGCAGUUACAGGGAUAGUUGUGGGUGCCUUACUUGGAGCGGGAUUGCUAAUGGCUUUCUACUUUUUCAGAAAGAAAUACAGAAUAACUAUUGAGAGACGAACUCGACAGGAGGACUGUAACAUGGGGAAACAUCGUCAGUUACGUGAAGACUCCAUUAGAUCUCAUUUUUCUGCUGCAUAAAGAAGAAGAAAAAGAAUCCCAUUCUUCCAGGGGAAAGAAAAAAGAAUUAGGGAAAAGGACACAACCAAAGACAUCAGUGUAAAAAGAAGAGGCUCUUGAAGAACUCUCUCUUUUAAGCAGUAAUUUUGUCUUAAUUUCCUUCAGAAGCUCAGGAAUUAUUUACUAAUCACAUUAUGCCGCAAGGCCUUUCAUCUCAUGAAAAAAGAAAAUGAUGCAGUUUGAUGUUAUAGGACAUACUUAAUAUGUAAAGAUGGUAUUUCUUAAGGCAUAUAUUAAGGGCAGCAGAUCUGGGUUUAGUUGAUGGGGAAUGCCUCAUUCUGUUUCCUUUUUUUCUUUUUAGCUCCUACCACCGUCUCCUUUAAUUAGGUUCCACCCAUGGGUAUCAAAUAUUAUUUCACAGGCACAGGUGCUGGUGGCUGUCAAAAGGAGAAAAGGUUUUUAUUUGGGGUAUGAUCCCAUAUUACUGAAUCAUUGCUAUUGAUUAAAGGGGAUACAAGACUGGAUACGGAGUUUAGUUCUGGGAGGGAGCUGGCACUUGGAUGUAAUUUACUACACUGGGAUGUAAUUAACUCCACUGAGAAAGUCAGGCAGGUGGAGACACAGACAAACCAUUCUUUCCUUGUUUGUGUAGCAUCACAAUCAAAAGCACCGAUUCUCCCUCUUAGGGGCUGGGAGUUUGGAAAAACUCCAGGUCAGGAUGAGGAGUUGCACUGGCAUGAAGCAGUGAGAGAGAAGACAAUCAGGUCUGUCGAGAGGACUGGCUAAUUCCUCAGUCUCAAAUGUAUUUUAUCAUGCUCUUUUCUCUCCACUGCUGUGACUUUUCAGAGAGGCAAAUAAAGUUCAUGUAGAGCCUGCUCCUGCUCCCAGUGGAGUCAAUGGCAAAAUCCCAUUAACUUCAGUGAGCACAGGACUGCAUCCAAAGUUGUAAAUAUGAAAGUGUUUGUAUAGCUGAGGCAACUCAAAAGGGGAUCUUUUUUUUUUUUGUGUAAAAAUGACAUUCCAUGCUACCAUUUUAUUUUUAGGAUGUUUUUUAUCUUGUAUUUUUCUAUUAAAGUAUCUAUUUUUGCUUUGGUAGGAUUAAAAAUUAAGGGAGAGGAUGUUUUAAAGACGUAUUUUUUACGGUAGGAGUAACAUGCAAGGAAAGUCGACAGCUGUAAAUACAUUUUAGAACCAGUAUUUAGGGGAGGAAAAGUGCAUUUAUGGAUAGUACAAACUUUUUCACCCACAUUCUUCUCCAGGCAUGUGCAACAUUCAAAUAGUUAUUUAAACAAUAUAAAUGCAGUUAUUGUAUUGGCUCUGUGAUGAUGGCUCUGAUCCUUAAAAUAAUGAACGUUUCAUGUGUUAAAUAGUCUUACUUUAAUCAGUGAAACUGAUUAUUCAUGUGUGUACAAUUAAACAUAUAAGGAACUGCCUUCAGGAAUUUGGGUGGUAAAACACUAUUCUGGGGCUGACAUUAAUCCUGCUGCCAUCAGCAUCCCUGGGACUUCUGCCAUUGACUUUACCAGGAGUAAAACUGAUUCUGAUGAAUUAGCUGCUGACAGGUUAUUUUGUACGAGACAAAGGAGAGCUCUGUGCUUUUUAGUCAACAAAUGGAAAUGAACAGUACAAAUUAUAAAUGUGAAGGAGACCCAUAAAAAUGUCGUUUGUGGGAAAAUGCAGCUAUGACUGUAUUUCUAGUGCAUGAAAUGUUUUGGUUUGAUACUCUUCUGAUUUCAUAAGCAUAACUUUCUGGUCUUUGCAGUCAUAGUCAGACUUGAAACUAUGAAAGUUAGUCUCAAACCUGAAGCCUGUGUUCUACAAAACUUCUAGGCCCCGAGAAGCCAGCAGGCCUACUCAAAGAAACCAAUUUUGGGGUAACUGGAAGUGAGUAGGGUGGAAGCUGUCUCUGUCCUCUUUCUGUUGCUUUUUAUUUCUUGUUAGGGAAAUAUCCCUUGGAUGUUUUUGUGGGUUUUUUUCUUAUGUUUUGCUUUUCUCUUAACAUAUGCAGGGUUUCAUAACCUUUGCUUGUGAAAUAUUGUCUAGUGUCCCGGGUUGCCAGAGGGCAGGGCUUCCUGACCGUCAGGGCAUCUCCAGUAGAGGUGGUGGACGUAAACCAGGUAGAUUUGGCAUCUUUAGGACUCACAGUAGCAGCAGUUGUUCACAUGGUAGAUUUCCAUCAUCCUGUUUCCCAGUCUGGGCCUGUAUGACACCAGAGAAGGAUAUAGGCUCGAACGGCAUUGUGGAGUUAGGGGGGAAAAAAAAAGGUAAUGAGAUGAAAGUGGAACACAAAGUUCCACUUAAACAUAAGAAAAAACUAUUUCACUGUUCAGGUGAGGGAGCCCUGGCACAGGCUGCCCGGAGGGGUUGUGGAGUCUCCUCCUUGGAGGUCUUCAAGACCCGCCUGGACAUGUUCCUAUGCGACCUGAUCUAGGUGACCCUGCUUCUGCAAGGGGAUUGGACUGGAUGAUCUCUAAAGGUCCCUUCCAACCCCUACCAUUCUAUGAUCGGUUUUUGGGAUUUUUUUUGAGCAGUUGAGUUUGCCUAGCUGCUGGGCAUAGUUAAGUUUUGGGAAUUUUUAAAUAAUUUCCAAGAGAAUUUUGAUUUAAUUCUUGUUUUGUAAAUAGGCCUUUUCAAUAUUUUUAUUUUCUCCUGAAUACUUUGCCACAGAAAAAGUGUGGAAGGAAUGUAGAGGAAAAAGGGUAGAUUUGAUGAUAAAACUGGGUUUUUAAAUGAUGUUUGUUGUUACAUGCCUUGCAAUGGGAACUAGUAAUCAAACAGUCACUAGUUAGGGAGCAAGACCAGUAGUGUAGAUCUGCCCUUUUCCUGUGUCAUGCUGAGUCAGGUCAGACCAGAGAGUCUGAGACAGGAGAUCUAUCUGGGACAAUAAAUUGUUAAGACAGCCUUUUUAUUGUAUCAUCUUACUAUAAACAUAUUAAGAAAGUACAGUGAAAAGUCACUUUUAAAUUAAAAAGAUAAUUGCUCUGAUCCACAAUUUAAUGUGGAGUUUUUAAUCUUGACCUCAAGGAGCAUUCUUAUGAAGUUUCUGUUGAUGAAGCCUAGCCACAACUUUAUAUCACAGCACCUCCCAAGAAAGGUGAACCUUUCUUGCACAUUAGAACAUUUUAGGUCAGUGGACUUUAAUUUUUCUCCAUUGGUGCACAUUCACCCGUGCAUUUUUCCCAUGGAAGUGUGGAGAUCAUGUAAGGUGUUUCAUAUAAGUAGAUUCCUGUAUAGCGUAAACAAACUUGCUCUUCUUAGCUGCCUUUGACAAGCUGCCUGCUAAUAGUUCCCAGGUCUUCUGUGAACGAUAGAUCAAAAACUAUCUUGAGUUAAGAUUAUUCAGCAGAGAGAUUCUUUACCAGCUAAUUCACUUUUCCUUUCUGGUUCAUCUGCAUUAGCUCAGUGCCAGAAUGUUUAGGCUUCAAACGUUCUAACGGAAUGUCUAAUCAAAAUAAUAAUAAUUGAUUAUCAAAUGAGUUUUCAAAAACUACAUUUUUUACUUUAACAAAUUGCCUGUAUUAUAAACAUACUUCUGUGUUACAGAACAGCCCAAGGAGGCCUUAACUCAGCUCAGCACUUCAGAACACACUUCAAAUAUGCUCAACUUCAUCUUCUAAGUGCGUUACUUACUUGGAAUCAAAGGAUAUGAUCCUGGCCAUGGCUGAAACAAAGUGAGUCUUGCCAUGUGCUUGAAUUGGAGAAAGGUUGGCUCUGUAGGCUAUAUGUUUAUUGCUAAAUCUUACAGUUGUGCCUGUUAAAUUGAAAUUGACCUAGUGUCUACAUACUUUUUGUUUGUCAAUGUUUGACAAAUUAAUCUCAUUUAACAUUUUUAAAUUACCAAACAUUGGUCAACUAAACAGCUGUUUCACCUUAGAGUCCUCCUCUUAGGGAUUCUGUGGACAAAUUACCUGACUUCCACCCUCUUAUUCUCCUCACUUAUUAUCCACUGCAAGUUGAGAAAGAUGAAGCAAAAUUUUAGGUAUUACUAGUGAAUUAGUAUGCUAAGACAUUCCACUUUCGAGUCAGUUGCCUGCAUGCUUUGUUCUGGACCAUUGGUGGUUCUGGAAGUUUUAUUUAUGGACAGUUUAUUUCUUGAGUUGGCUGUGACUACCACCAUCACCAGUUAAAUUACCAGUUCCUUCUAUGAUGUGCUUCACUGAAGACCAAACCCAGAUAAAUCCUGAAAACAUUCGGUCAUUGCUAAAACUUUUGAUUGAGAGCACUGUAUGUCUUGAUGAAGAUUGUGGCCAGAAUUCACUUUAUUGAAGAAUUAUGUUCACUGAAUUCUGAAAAUAAAUUUUAUUAAUCUAUUUUCAAUGAUUUUAAGAAAUGCUUUAUUGUGUUAUUAAAAGUAUUUUGUUCUUUUUUUUUUUAUGGAGAAUUAUUAAGGUGUAGCUAAUGCUUUGAAGACAUUUGUGCUGGACAAAAGAAGUGUGCUCCCUGACAGCAAGUUUUACUGGGGGGUUGAUCUCUGAUUCAUUCUUUGGCUUGGAGAUGCAGUCACACUCCUGUUAUAGUGAUGAAAAAACCUCUCAUUGAUUCAGUGGAAGUGAACUCAGUGAAGUGCCUUCAGGCUUAAAACUCAGCAUCUUGAAGCAGUUCAGAGUGAAUUUCUCAGCUUUGCAGUAGAACAGGCUGCAUCAGCCUUAGCUGACCUUGGCUCCAGCAUGAUUUUCACCUCAUGAAUGCCAUAAUACUCCUGGAAAGCCAAGAAUAGACAUCAAAGACAGGAAGCUAAUAGUCCUGGUCAUAAAUUUCUUUGGCAAUUCAGUCCACCUUUUCCGGAGCUCAAGACAGUUCCACAUCCUUUACUACCCUCCUCUGUACUUCAGAGUAGCCGUGUAGCUGUUCUGUUUCUUUCAGUAAAGCAGUUGAGGUUAUUUUCCCCUCAUUUUCUCCCAGGGAAUACUGAACACUCUUGAAUUCCCCAUUUUUUUGAUGCUCUUUUCUCUAGCUUCAGAAGAACUUGGAAAAGAGACAGCCAUUUUUCAGCCCUUAGUCAGAAGAGCUCCCUCUUCAUCGAGAGGUGACUUUUAUAUAAUUGCAGCUGUUGUUCAUUGCUGCUGUGCUGCUCAGCUGCCACCACACCUCGUGUUGGCCCGUGGCCACACCAGUCAGUUUUGGAGAUCUAGACCCACAAUUGUCAGAUGUUGCUUGUCUCCUAACCACACCAAGUUUAAAAAUCAGUUUGACCAAAAACUUUCUGAAGUUUAAUCUGAAUUUGGCAGCUGGCAUCUUUUCCUUUUAAAAGCAUUCAAGGCUGACAUCAUAAACUGUGGUUGUAGAAGCAGUCCAUUAAAGCUAAAAUAAUUACCAGGUGCCAGUGGGCUCACAGAAAAUGCACUAGUCCAGGCAGGGUGAGAUGAUGUCAGGUGAUGUCAGACAGUUGUUUUUUUUUUCCAACCCUGAUUGUUUUUACUAUGACAUCAAGUCUAGUGACCACCCUCCCCAUAGCAGGGCAUAUGGAACAGAAAUACAAGUUUCUUGUGAUACAUUACCUUUUCUGUUGGUCAGCAACAUGCCCCAGUAACUUGUCUCACAACAGUGAGCGGUGAAGGGACAAUUUCCACAAAGUGCACGUUUUGUAGGAGACAAUUUUAUCCUCUUUUAGAAACAAAUAAAUGCAAAAAAUAAAGUUAUUGUAAUAAAUUUGUAAGGGCAUUCUAGAAAAAGUUUUGCCCUCAGAUGUGCUGUGUGUGUCUCUGAUCCUCCCCGCCUUUCUUUCUUGCUGUUGAAAGCACAAAAAGUUUUAUGUGUGUUUGUGAAACCUUUCAAGUGGAAGAAUGGGAGUGUUCUCACUGUGCAUAUCCCUGCUUGGAGGCAGAAAUGAAUUCAAGUGGCUUGAGGCCUGUAUUUUUUCCAUUCUUAGAUGCCUUUUAACAUCUCAGCUCUGAGACUGAUGGAAAAUGAUUGUUGAAAUUGAAACAAAUAGCUGUUUGUGAGAGACAUUGGACCUGUCUGUUUGCAGGGGUCAGCAAGCUGUGCAGCAGACUUUGAUAGUGUCUCUUGUCUUCUAGAGAAUGAUGGGAAGCCUAAGCACUGUAGUUUGCCUCAGUGAAGCCUUAAGUCUGGCAUAAGUGGAGCUCUCCCUUUAUCUCACCCGGAGAGGAAGAAAGGAUAAAGGUUAAUGGUGGUGGUUUUAUGAGGUUACUGCUGGGUUUGAUCAAGAAGAUAAUGCUUCCACCACUUUGAGGCUUUCUUGGGGUAAUGUUUAAUUAUGUUCAGAGUAUCAGUACAUGGGCUGUUUCAUCAUGCUAUUACUUCUUCCUAAAUUUACCUCUCAAAAUGACUCCUAACUAACAUGCUCGAAAUUUGCAGCAUGCAAAACUAGCUUUUGAAAGGCGAGGUUUAGAAUUCAUUAAAAAUCUCUCACUAACCACUAAAUUCUGCAUCAAAUAGUCUAAGUAACUUGACACUGUUGAAGUUUGUAUGUUAAGCUAUAGUACUUCAGAAAUUUUGUGUGGAUUCAUUAGAUGUUAAAUCUUUGGAAGGCUAAAAUCCACUGUGUGUGAACUGUUGCUUGGUGUUUCUGUCAUGUGAAAGUUUCUAGAGGACACUUGAGCAAGUGAAAAAAAAAUGUGCCAAAAAGAUAUUUAAAAAUAAUCUUCUUGUAAUGGUUUCUUCUGUAGUCUCAACUGGUAUGCAUAAGGAGCACAAAAUUCUUCCCCACAAACUAUGAACAGAGGGUUUGUUAAGGUUACACUGAACUCUCAGCAGACAGAACGAGCACAGCUAUGUCAGUUUGUGCUUGCUGGUGAUCUGGACUACUCUGGAUUGCAUGUGCAGCGUGACAGAGAAGGAAGCAGCCACUGAAAAGACACUAUCACAGUUACUAAUCAGUGGUCAUUUAUCUUGGUGUGAAGUGAGAUGAUAAAUGUUUCCACCCUUGCUUAGUAUCUCCCUGAUGUAGCUUUCUGGCAGAUGUUGUGAUGAUUUCUGCAAGGGGUGAAAAGGGGUGUUGAGAAUAUGGAGAAAAUACAUGAAGAAGAGGAAAAGUGCUCAGGGAUUGAUUAUACUCCCAUAAUGAUACUAUGAGCUGUAUGGAAGAUGAGAUCAAGCACUUUCUGCACAGUAUACUGUCUUUAUUGUUCAAUAUCUACUCUCCUAGAGACUCAGCAGAAAGCUUAUUCACUUUUUAAAUCUCACAUAGCCUCCUUAAUUAAAAAUUAAACAGGAUUUAAGUGAUACGUAAGACCUGCUCAGGGUGUACCAUGCCCUUAUGUCAAGUAUCUGCCUAGUAACAAUGUCAGCUUUACUGAACAGGUCUAGAAGUGCUGAGAAGACUUGGGCAGAGUGGCAGGAUGAAGGCAAUGGCUAGAGUUUGCUGUGCUUCUUGUGCAUAGGCUGUAAUUAUCACAAAUCUGAGAGGACUUGGUAUAGACACUGUGGACAUUACCUUUGUCCUCUAUUUUCAGUGAUACUGUUAUUAUUAAUGUAAAAAUGCUAGACACCAGAGAAACCUAGUACCAGUCUAGUAGAAAACAAAUGGAAAGCUGCACAUAUGUUGUACUGAUGUAAGUAGAACUAUCUGCAUAUAAUGUGAUUUUAUUUAUUGUUGUUUUUUUUGUAGAGUAUGUAUUCAUGACUGUGGAUAUAACCUUUUAUUAUUUGUAUAAUGUAUUUUAUUUCUUUUAUGACCUGGUCAUUUAAAAUAUCUACAUUCAUUGAUGUCUUCUGACUUUAUUCUGUGCUUUUUCUUUCACACGUUUUAAAAAAUGCGAGAGUAUCACAUAACCUAAAUUGUAACAGAAUGUUUCCAUUAAAGACAUAGGAGUAUGUUGUCA